AUGACCUGCGAGCUUUCCCGCCAUCUUCUUGCCGACCUUCUGACGUUGCGCAACCUGUUUAAAACAUCCAAAUCUGCUGUCUGCUCCUCAGUUCACGAUACUCUUGCUCGUUUGUCAUACGCCAACGCCGCCGCCAAGGGCCCCAAGCAGUCCCCCUCCGAGGCUGCCGCUCCCCCUCUUCCUGAAGUCAUCCCCAACGAGUCAGCCUCCACCUCGUCGCUGAUUGACGUCGACAUGCCCAGCGUGCACACAGUGCCGUCCGACUUUGUGGAGCAGGACGUCAAGACGGAGACGCAGGCGAACCGCAUCGAGCGCGAGGCCGAAGCCGCCAAGGCCAAGGCUGAGCGCGCCCGCAAAAACGCCGCCGCCGAGGCCAAAAAGGCCGACUCGUGGAUCACCAAGCAGGUCUCGCAACUCUCGGACGGUGCUGCCUCGGGCGUCGCUCUCGCCAACCUUGCCGCGUUUGUCGGCGUUGGCUCCUACCUUGGCUACCAGGGCUGGAACCUGUACCAGAGAGGCAACCUCGACGGCAAGGCGGUCGGCCUGGGUGUCGGCAUUCUGGCCGCCGCGGGUGCCGCUCAUGCGGUGGUGGGAAGCUAUCUCUACCGCGGAAAGAAGAACUAG